AUGGGUUCUCAAACGCUGGAAAUUUUGAGACAAGGCGUCUGGGCGAGCCUGACAGGAGGCUGGUUUUACGAUCCUCAUCUCGAUGUUUUUUCAAAUACUUUUCACUUAUAUAUUUGGCUUUUCUUACUUUGCCUACCAUUUACUAUAUAUCUUUAUUUUCCACCAACAUUAUAUGUUUGGAUAGCAUAUUGUUCUUCAAUUGGAGCACUGUUUGGUACAAUAAAGUGUGUUAAUCAUGCACUUCAUUGUAUGUAUGAUACAACUGAAUGUCUAGAAGAAUCAAGUCAAACUAUUAGUCAACACAGAUCAGAAAAUGAAAAAAGACGCACAGUGCAUAAUAAAUGUAGGGAACAAUCACAGGAACAAGUAGAUCAUGGAAUAGAACUACAAGUCUUAAAUGGGAAAACAGAUACACCACCUGUAGAAUGUUCAUCACGUAACUCUUUUAUUGAAUCAAAUGUACAAAAUGCAGAUGCAGAUAGUAUAACAUCUGAAUAUAAUCGAGAUAAACCUAGUUCAACUAUAGAUUUAAAAGUAGAAAUUCACAGAAAAAAUAGUUCUGAAAGUUCAGAAGAAGCACAACAGUUGACUAAACCAAUGGUAUCUAAUAUAAAUAUACAUGAAGCAGAUUUAGCUUCUACACAAUAUCAUGAACCAUGUUUUCGAAAUAUAAUAAAUGAUAGAAGAUUAAAAAGACAGAAAUGUGUUGUAAUUACUGAAGAGGAUCGACAAAGUUCAAGAAAAUUAUGUAGACAUGCAUCUGAAGAUUCACGAAAUCGUCAUUCUAAACAAGGUAGUCUUGGUAAAACAGGUUCAGAAAGUCAAAUAAAACAAACGAGCUCAUUAGAAUUGGAACAUCAUGAAGAUGAUUAUCCUUACUGGAAAUCAAACCAAAGUGUUCGACGUCUCAAUUCUAAUUCAAUUCCAAUAGAAACACAUUUAAUGAAUGAUCAUCCACAAAGUUUAGAAAUUAUAUCAAAAAAAGAAGAUACAGAAAAAAAUAAAAUUUCGUCACAUCCACAAUCUCUAGAGGUUAUUACAAAAAAACCACAUCAACAACUUAUUCAUCCACAAAGUCUUGAAACAAUUGGUGCUACUAAGAAUAUAAAUACUACAGAUGACAAUAAUUUACCUCUUCACCCACAAAGUCUUGAAACAAUUAACACUAAAAAGGUAUUACCUCAAAAUACAUUAAAAAAAAACCAAUUACAAUUGUUACCAUAUCUUAGUUAUGGAUCAGAAAUAGUACAUCCUAUAGAAGAACAAAGUGAUGAACAAUUUGCUAAUGAAAGUUCUGGAGGAUUUAGUCUUCAGGAUUCUUAUAGUCCACUACUUACUCGAAAGACUUGUGAAACUAAUGCUACCUCUAAUCGAGAUAGAAGUCUUAGUACUAGUCGAUUUGAAGAUAGAUUUUCAAGACGCAAUGAAGAUGGUGGAGUAGAUAAUGAUUCUGCAAAUUCUCGUGAUGCAUUAAUUGAAGAAUCAAAGUCUGGUAUUAAAAGAAGAUAUAGUAAUACAAGUCAAAGCAGUCAUGAAUUCUCAGAUUUAGACAACUUAUUCAAAGACAAACAAGAUAAAUCGAAAAAUAUUGAUGAUCCAUUAAAUGUUGGAAGUAUAGUUGGAAUAGAUCAAUUAUUUGAAAGUGGUGAUUGCACAAUAGAAUCACGAAUAAAUAAAGGAUUACAUAACAAAGAACUAGAUUCUGGUUCAUCUAAUGUGAUGCCUUUUGAGUAUACGACAUACUCAUCAAAUAUGGAAAAUGAAGUAAAAAGAAUGUUACUUCCACAAGAAACAGAUAAUAAACGACAUCAAGGUGCAAUACCCAAACAAAGCCGUCCAAAACCUGCAAUAGAAGCUAUAGAUGAUAAUAUUACAACUACCGAACAAACCCGACAUAAAUUAAAACGAACAUUAGAAGUUAAAAGAGAUAGGAGAAGAGAUGGAAGAUUUGAUAGAUUUGAGCAAACUAGUGGUUCAAACAACGAGUUAAGUACACUUAGUCUUGCAUCUUCCUUAUUAGCUACAUUAUUAACAUCUGGCCGAGAAUUACCAGGUCAAUCUAGUACUGUAUCUGAUUUAAGAUUAAGUCGUAAUUCAGAUAAUCGAAAUUCACGAAAAAGACGUGGUCCUUUAAAAUGUUCAAUUAGACCACAUCGUGUAUCCCGAGAUAGAAAUCGAGAUGAUAAUGUCGUUCCACUUACUGCUUUAUUUGGAUUGAUAUCAAAUGAAGAAUGUCAUUUAGUUUCUAAUCAUAAUGAUGCUGUAGAAGCAGCUGUACCUUAUUUUCGAGAUGAAAAUGGACGCUGGCUAGCUUAUACCUACGAUGAAAAAGGAUCUAAUGUUGCUGCUGCUGCGCAAGUUCCUUCUAAUAAUAACGAUAAAUUAUUAAAUACAUUAUUACGCCAACAACUUAAUCAAAAUUUACAUUAUGAUGCCAAUUGGGAGUUAAUAGACUCCUUAAGUAAUAGUUAUAGUAGUUUAUCUUUAAAUUCUCCUGAUUUAAGCGUUAUAAUAGACACACCACCCGUUUUGUCAAGUCCAGAAAGUAAUCAAACUAAGGCACAAAAUUCAUUAUCUUCAAAUCCAGUGGAAACUUCAGAACGUGAUCAAUUUCAUCAAAAUAAUGGAAAUUCUAUUCAAUGUGAACUUGAAACGUUAGAACGAGAUCAAUUUCAUCAAGAUAUAUUAUCACGUAUAGAAUCGAUGACAGAAAGAAAUCAAAGAUUACGAAAUUUAUUGGGAUAUUUCAACUUAAACAUUUAUCCAGCAGAUUCAAAUCGUCGAGAUAGACCUGCUUUAACAUUACAGACAUGCGCAGUAGGGGAUAUAAAUACAAGUUUAUCUUGGAAUCGAUUUAUUGGUGGUUUAGAUGGAUCCGAAUCUAAAACUAAACAAUUAAGACAAGACAAACAAUAUUAUUAUAAAUGGAAAAUUGGUAAAUUACCACAUAUCAAAGUACGAUUCGAUCGUUUAUUUUUGUUGGCCUUAUUAGAUCGAAAUUUGACAAUAUUUGAGACUAUUAUUUCAACAUUUUUAGCAAUUGCUGUUGCAGGAUUGGGUCUUAUAUUGCUCCAACAAGGAUUUUAUCGAGAUAUAUUUGCUUUCAUGUUUUGUUUUGUAACUGCUGGAUGUCAAUAUUCAUUAUUAAAAUCUGUUCAGCCUGAUGCUGCUUCUCCAACACAUGGAUUUAAUCGUAUUAUAGUAUUUUCUCGGCCUGUAUAUUAUAUAUUGUGUUCAGGAUUCGUAUUAAUUUUUAAUGAAUCUUUAAAAAACUUUAAAACAUCUGAAUUUCGAAUAUAUGGUUUACGAAUCGCUGAUUAUGAUGUUAUAUUACAAAUUCGUAAUAUUUUAUUAAUUUUUCUUUUAUGCUUUCCCAUUAUAUUUUCAUUAGGCUUACUUCCUCAAAUUAAUACUUUUCUAAUGUAUCUAUGUGAACAUAUAGAUAUUCAUUUAUUUGGUGGAAAUGCAAGUACAAGUUUAAUUUCUUCAAUAUAUUGUCUUUGUCGCAGUAUUGUCACUGUUGUUAUAUUGUAUGGAUUUGCUUAUGGAGCACUCACAGAGCCUAAAUCUUCACAACAUAUUUUAUUCUCUAUUUUUGCGGGUUUAUUGGUUGCUAUAUCUUAUCAUCUAAGUAGAUCAUCAUCAGAUCCUACAGUAAUAUGGGACAUUGUUAAAACAAAUUUGUGGCCACCAGAAAUUUAUACUGAAGAAAAAGAAGCUAAAAUCAUUGAGAAUACAUCUCAUAAAGAUAAUUUACCUACAACAUAUAAAGAAGCAAAAAUUAGAACUUCUGGAAGAAAAAAACAUGUAAAAAUUAAAGUUGGUGAACAAAUGUCGGAUACAGAAUUAGUUGAUCCAUUACCUGAAAAAUUAAGGGCAACAGUGAAUGCAAGAUUAAAAAAUGAUUUAAUAAUAUGUGCAGUAAUAGGUACUUUAUCUUUUGGAAUCCAUUGUUCAACUGUAUUUACAGCUUUACAACCAGAACUGAAUCCAGUUUUAUGGGGUAUUGCAAGUUGCCUUGGAUUUUUACUACAUUAUAUUGUACCACAACUUCGAAAACAAUUACCAUGGUUGUGCUUAUCAAGACCAGUAUUACGUAGUCAUGAACAUGCACAAUUUGAAGUUCGUGAACCAGUGAAAAUUAUGUGGUUUGAAAAAGCAUAUGUUUGCCUUUGCUUUUUAGAAAGGAAUGUUCUUUAUCCAGUAGUAUUUUUAGGAGCACUCACAGAAUGUUCAUCAAAAAUUAUAUCUAAAUUUGGAGAAAGUAUAGGGGCAUUAAUUAUAGUUAUAUGUGGAUUAAAAUCCUUAAGAUCAGCAUAUUCUGAUCCAUCAACACGUUACUUAGUCUUAAUCUUUGCUGUUUUAUUUUUCAAACUAGAUUUUCGAAAUCUCAGUGAGACUUUUUUAGUAGACUAUUUUAUCACAGGAAUAGCUUUUGCAAAAAUUUAUGAAUUACUUUUAAAAAUACGAUUUGUAGUUACAUAUAUUGCACCUUGGCAAAUUACUUGGGGUAGUGCAUUUCAUGCAUUUGCUCAACCUUUUUCUGUUCCACAUUCUGCUAUGUUAUUUUUACAAGCAGGGAUUUCUGCACUUUUAAGUACUCCUUUAAAUCCCCUUUUGGGCAGUGCAAUAUUUAUAUCAUCAUAUGUACGUCCAGUAAAAUUUUGGGAACGAGAUUAUAAAACAAGAAGAGUAGAUCAUUCAAAUACACGAAUGUCUUCGCAUUUAGAUCGAAAUCUAGGUGCAGAUGAUAAUAAUUUAAAUUCAAUUUUUUAUGAACAAUUAACAAGAUCAUUACAACACAGUCUUUAUGGAGAUCUUGCUCUUGGUCGCUGGGGAAAUGUGGAACAAGGUGAUUGCUUUUUACUAGCAUCUGAUUACUUAAACUGUUUGGUACACAUUGUUCAAUUAGGAAAUGGAUUAGUAACUUUUCAAUUAAGAGGUCUUGAAUUUAGAGGAACAUAUUGUCAACAAAGAGAAGUAGAAGCAAUCUCUGAAGGAAUUGAAGAUAAUGAUAAUUGUUGUUGUUGUGAAAUGGGACAUUUUUCAAAUGUAUUAAGCGUAAAUGCAGCUUUCAGUCAACGCUGGUUAGCUUGGGAAGUUGCAAGUGCUAAGUACGUUUUGGAAGGAUACUCAAUUUCAGAUAAUUCAGCAGUUUCUAUGCUUCAAGUGUUUGAGUUUCGUAAAGUACUAGUUACUUACUAUGUCAAAAGUAUUGUUUUCUAUGCUGUAAAAUCACCAAAAUUGAAAUAUUGGUUAGAGAAUUCUGAUAUUUCUGAUGCCCUAAAAAUAACACUUGAUAAAAACUUCGUUGAUCUGGAUCCUGUUUUUAAUUUGAGUAUUCACGAAGAUUAUGAUAUCCGAACGUGUGGCAUUACAAGAAAUAGUUUUUGCAAUGUUUAUUUGGAUUGGAUACAGUAUUGUGUUACUAAACAAGAUAAGACAUUAGAUAAAUCAAGAAAUUCAUCAUUGGUAUCUUUAUGUCUUGCUUUAAGUCUCUUGGGAAGACGCGUUUUGGGAGCACUAUCUCAUAAUACUGUUUCCAGUGUUGAAUUUUUUUUAUAUGGUUUACAUGCUCUUUUUAAAGGAGAUUUUCGUAUAACAUCAAUUAGGGAUGAAUGGGUAUUACAUGAUGUUGAUUUAUUACGAAGUGUCGUAGCAAAAGGAGUGAGAAUGGCAUUAAAACUACAUCAAGAUCAUUUUAUGAGUCCAGAACAAUAUAGUGAAUUGUCUGCUCUUUAUGAAGCUAUAGAUAGUCAUGAUAAAAAUCUUGUAAUUAGUCAUGAAGCAGAUCCACUUUGGAGAAAUGCUGUUUUAAAUGGCGCACCAAGCCUUUUGGCACUUAGACAUGUACUUGAUGAUGGCAUUGAUGAAUAUAAAGUUAUAAUGCUUAACAAGCGUUUUUUAAGUUUUCGAGUGAUUAAAAUGAAUCGUGAAUGUGUUCGUGGUUUAUGGGCUGGACAACAACAAGAAUUAGUUUAUUUGAGAAAUAGAAAUCCUGAGCGAGGUUCUAUACAGAAUGCUAAACAAGCUCUUAGAAACAUAAUAAAUAGUUCUUGCGAUCAACCGAUUGGAUAUCCGAUUUAUGUUUCACCAUUAACAACUAGUUAUGCAGAAACUAAUGAACAAUUAUGUUCCAUAAUUGGUGGAUCUUUAAGUCUUGGUGUAAUUAAAAGUAAUGUCUUAAAACUGUGGCAAAGAAUCAGAAGAAGAUGCGGUCAAGGUUGUUCAUCUGGAGGAACAGGCUCUCAAGAUGAUGGAGGUUUUGGAAAUGAUGGAGUAUAUGCAAUGACUACAUAUAAUAUUCAUUUAGGUUAUGGACCAUCAGCAGGUCAUAACACAUCAGGUUCGCAAUCUAUAGAUUCUGGAUGUCAAAUUGGUGGAUCAGCUGGACGUGGUUCUUUAGGAAGAACAAAUACUGGAUCCUUAGGUGGAAAUAGAGGAUCAUUAGCUUCAGUUGGAAAACCAACAAGUUCAACACUUGCUAGUUUAGCUGGUCUUCUUAGUAACAGCGAUAUUAAAACAGAAAGUAAAAGUGAAACAAGUUUCACAAGUAAACUUGAAAAGGAUGAAGUUUUACAACGAGUACGAAUAAUAGAUCCUAAUCAAGUAUAUGAUGCUAUUAAUUUGGGUCGUCGUAUAGAUGUAAUUUGGCCAGAUGAAAGAAUGAGGCAACAAGGUGGUAGAUCUGGAUGGCAGCAUUGGGUACCUGAAAGAGGUAUGGAAGGAUGUGUUGUUCAUUGUUGGUCCCCAAAUCAUCGUGAUCCUAAUCGACGAUCUCAUGUAGAUAAAGUUAUCUUACUUGUUAAAAUUGAUGAUAAAUAUGUUCCAAUAGCGGAACAAGGUGUAAGAGAUCUGGGGGCAGAAGUAUGAUGAAAUAUUUUUAAAUUUUCUGUAGUAAUGCAUAUUAAGAUGAUUUUCAGAUGAUUCAUACAUUUAAUUUUUUUGAAUCACUAGCAAAUACUGAUAUCAAUGCAUUAUAAAAAUGAAAAAUUCAUUCCAGUUAUAAAAUGAUAAAUAUAAAAAUUUUUGAUGGAAGAUUAUUCUUGAAAUUGUAAAUAUUGAAAAUUAACAGAUUUUAACACUAGUUUCUUAAUUCUAAAGAUUAAGAGAGAGGGAAAAAAAAUGUGUGCGUGUGUGUAUACAUAUACAUAUACAUAUAGCUACAGCUAUAAAAUACUCUUCACUUUUCAUAUAUGAUUAUAUGAUUUUUUUAAUCAUUAAAAUUAUUAUUCACUUAAUAUUUCUUUUCUAACUCAUUUCCAUAUUUUCAUUGCAAUGAUUUUUUUUAAUAGAUAAAAUUUUUUUAAAAUAUAUAUUUUUAGAAAAAUGAAUUUGAAAACUUAUUAAAAAAAAAUGUAUAUUUUAUCUAUUAUAAUGAAAGAAUUAUAUUAUUUCUUGCACAUUUAUUGAAGAAAAAAUGAAUGUCAAUCGCCAAGUUAUUCAAUGCAAAGUAAAUUGUAUCAUGUUGUAUUAUACUAUGUAUCAUAAUAAUUAGACGAUUUAUUAGGAAUGAAAAUAGAUGUUACUUGUUGUUAAUAAUAGUUAACUUAUUAUUUCUAUUAAUAUAAAAACAAUUCAAAUUAUUAAUUUUUUAUUAUUUAUAUUUUAAUGAAAAUCCGAAUUAAAAUAUAUUUGAUGCAUCAGUAUAAAGUUAAAAAGAUAUAAAAAUGAUAAUUGUUAUUGUUUCAAUUUUUAAUAAUGUUAUAAUGUAUAUUUUUUUUUAAUUACAAUACUAUUUAUAAGAAUUUUUAGAAAUAAAUUAAAUUAUAAAAAUAAAAAUUACUAUUUUUUAAAAAUUUCUAUGUGUUUAAUAACAGCAAGUAACAUCAAAAUAAAUUUGUAUAUAUCGUUCGUGUUUUUCUACAUUUUAUUAUAUUUUUUUUAAACUAUUUGAUAUAGGUAAGUUGUAAAUAUGCAUAACAUUUCUGCAAGAUCAAAGCGUCCAAAUGUAUUUACUGAAUGUGUAAUUUUGUGGGGCCAUGAAUUUGCCUCUACAGAACAUAUCGGUGCAUUAAUAGCAGUGUUAAAUGUAACUCCAUAAUUUUCUUUGUAUAUCUUUAUUGUAUAAAAGGAUAACAAUAGUGGUGUAUUUAAACUAUAUAAUGAAUAUAAUUCAUAAUUUUCAUUGGAAAUAAUAAUUGAUUAAAUAAUAAAAAACAAAUUAAAUGUCAAUAAAAAUUAUUACAAGUGAAUACACCACAAUAUUUAUCCAAAAUCGAAAAAUAAAUUUAUUAUCAUUUCUUCUUUUAAAAAAAGAGAUUCAUUGAAAGUUUUUACCUAAUUUUAUACAUUAAAACUUAUAUAAUAAUUAACUAGUAAUUAAAAGAGUUGUUUGCAAAAGUAUAAAAUACUCUUUUAUUCAAAAUAAAAUAGAAAAAAAAAAUAUGUUUAACACAAAAAAAUUAUAGAUUUUGCAAACAACUAAAAAUCACGAUAUUGCCUUAUCAUGGUGUUUCUUGAAAACACUUGACUGAUAAAGAAAUUUUAACUAGUCUUUUAAUUGUUGGUACACAUUUAUAUAUCGCUUGCUGCCAAGGGACAAAAAAAAAUCUCUUUUAUCAGGGAAUACAUGAAUUACAUUUUUUAUUAAAUCUUUGGCCUACUAUCUAUAAUUAAUAGUAAUCUCAUACAUAGAUUAUAUAAAAUUGCUUUAAAAUCAAAAGUAAAUAAGAAUAGAAGUCAUUACAUAACUGUUUGUGAUCCUUAUAUCAAUUAUGCUUUAUCUUAGAUUUGCAUUCAUUAUUUGAUAAUAAACAAUUGUUAACUUUAUUGCAUAAUGUGCUUCAAACAAAUUUUGUUGAAUCAAUCUCAUUAAUUAUAUUUUAAUAAGAGACAUUUUAGCGAUAGCAAUUAUGCAAGCAAAGUAAGUUCCUUGAAAUAAUUUUAAUUUUAAACUAGAAAUAGUUCAAUAAGUACAGUUAAUAUUGUAGAUCAAAAAAAACUGUUCAUAUUAAUUAAUAUAAAAUAUUAUAUGUAAUAUAUACAAUCAGUUUAAAAAUCAUUUUAUAAUCAUGUUAUAAAAUUAUUGGUACCUAUAAUAAAUUACAAAAAGUUUGUAAAAUAAUUAAAAAGAUAUUAUUAUAAAUAAUAAAUAAAAAUGUUAUCUUUUUUGAAA